AUGAAGCGUAGCGGUGGUGACAAUGAAUACGACGAACCUGAACACUUAAGAAAAUUAUUUAUAGGUGGUUUAGAUUAUCAUACAAAUGACAAUGCAUUAAAAGAAUUCUAUGAGCAGUGGGGAGAAAUUGUAGAUGUUGUUGUUAUGAAAGACCCUCAAACUAAGAGAUCCCGAGGAUUUGGUUUUAUAACAUACUCUCGAGCACAUAUGGUAGAUGAUGCUCAAAACAAUAGGCCACAUAAAAUAGAUGGGAGAGUGGUAGAACCUAAGAGAGCAGUUCCUAGAGAAGAAAUAAAAAGACCAGAUGCUAGUGCUACUGUAAAAAAAUUGUUUGUUGGAAAUUUGAAGCAAGACAUUGAAGAGGAAGAUCUAAGAAAUUAUUUUUCACCUUAUGGUAACAUUGUGUCUGUGAGCAUUGUUACUGAAAAGAGUACUGGCAAGAAAAGAGGGUUUGGUUUUGUUGAGUUUGAUGAUUAUGAUCCAGUUGAUAGAAUAUGCUUAGAAAAUAAUCACAAGAUCAAAGGUCGUCAUCUGGAUGUUAAAAAGGCCUUACCAAAGUCUGAGAUGGCAUCUAGUGGUGGUUCUAAAAAUGACGGAGGUAGUGGUAGACGUGGCGGCCGUGGAGGUGGGGGAUGGGCUAACCGUCAAGGUGAACAGGAUUGGGGAUAUGGAGAGGAACGUGGUUGGGGUAACCAGAAUCCUUGGGAAUCUAAUGACUCCCAGGGAAAUUGGGGCAGUCAGGAUUAUGUUGAUGAGAGUUGGCCACAGCGAGACAAUUUUGGGGGUGGAUAUCAGCAAAGCUAUGGCGGCGGCCCUAUGAGAUCCAACUAUAAUGCGCAGCGACAGCAACCUUACAAUAGUGGUGGCGGCGCUAGGCAGGGAUUCAAUGCUAUAGGGAAUUCUUCAUCUGGUGGAAAUCUGAGACGUUAUUAA